GCGGGGCCUGAAGUACCGAAGUCCCCGAGGGCGCGCCUUCCCCGGGAAUUUAAUUCAGGACAAUAAUGUUUUAUUGAGCGCCUAUUGUGAAUCAGACACUGAGCAGUAAGCGUCGGAGAAACAGUCUAUGCAUUUCUGAAGACCCCACGGUGAAGGGCUGCAAGGAUGAAGCUGUCCCAGAGUAUCUCCAGAGUGCAGAUCCCUUGGCUGCCAGGUCAUGUUCUCUCUUCCUCUCAACUGUUCUCCCGACCAUAUAAGGAGAGGCAGCUGCUGGGGGCGUCCCCAGGAUCUAAAGAUAGCGGCCCCUGCCUGGAACUCUAAAUGCCACCCUGGAGCGGGAGCCGCAAUGGCACGCCACACCUCAACUUCUCUUCAGGCAGCACGCCCGGACCUUGUGGUACGACAGGCCCAGGUAUGUGUUCAUGGAGUUUUGUGUUGAGGACAGCACCGAUGUCCACGUGCUUAUUGAGGAUCACCGCAUUGUGUUCAGCUGCAAGAAUGCCGAUGGAGUGGAGUUGUACAAUGAGAUUGAGUUCUAUGCCAAAGUGAACUCCAAGGACUCCCAGGAUAAGCGCUCUUCCCGCUCUAUUACUUGUUUUGUGAGAAAAUGGAAGGAAAAGGUGGCCUGGCCGCGGCUUACCAAGGAGGAUAUCAAGCCAGUGUGGCUGUCUGUGGACUUUGAUAACUGGAGAGACUGGGAAGGGGAUGAAGAGAUGGAGCUGGCUCAUGUGGAACAUUAUGCAGAGCUUUUGAAGAAGGUCAGCACCAAGAGACCUCCACCUGCCAUGGAUGAUUUGGAUGAUGAUUCUGACAGUGCUGAUGAUGCAACAAGUAAUUAACUUUCUGUGACAGCAAAGCUGGGAAGGCAGCUGUGGCUAUUUUCCAGUUGUUCUAGAAAGCUAGCGCCUAGGCCUUUGUCAGCGCUUUGGCUGUGCACCAAGUUCUUCUGAGAUCUCUGAACUUUCCUAGAAGCUCUUUAUUAAGGGUCGUCCUUCAAGCUUGUCUUCCUCCUAGGCACUUGACUAUGGCUCCACAUCAGAUGCAGGGUCGGGGAGGGGUAGACUGGUAGGGCUUCUGAUUUCUUACUGAUUGGUUUCUAAUCUCUGUGUUUAGGCCACUUGAUUAUUUGAGUAUGUGUGUGUAUGUGGCAAAACAAAAGCCAAAGAAGAAUGCAGAUUAUAGAAAUCUCUACUAUGUGUGCAUAUGGGGCAAAGCAAAAAGCCAAAGAAGAAACAGAUUAUAAUAAAUCUCUAGGAACUGUUCUCUGUCUGUUUCCUUCUUGUACUUAUUCCUCCUGGUGGCAAGCCUCUUCUCCCUCUAGUAACCAAGCUGGGGUGCUUCCUCUUGCCCAGAUUUGUGCUCUGAUUUCUUACAGCUAAUUCUGUCAUCUCUAGAACCAGCCACUUCAGCUUCCUGCACACUCUAGAAAUCUCUUUAUACUUUUUUUUUUUUUUUUCCCGAGAUGGAGUCUUGCUCUGUCGCCCAGGCUGGAGUGCAGUGGUGCAGUCUCUGUUCACUGCAACCUCCACCUUCUGGGUUCAAGCAAUUCUCCUGCCUCAGCCUCCCAAGUAGCUGGGACUACAGAUGUGCACCACCAGGCCCAGCUAAUUUUUGUAUUUUUAGCAGAGAUGGGGUUUCACCAUGUUGGCCAGGCUGGUCUCGAACUCCUGACCUCAAGUAAUCCACCCACCUCAGCCUCCCAAAGUGCUAGGAUUACAUGUGUGAGCCACCACACCCGGCCCUCUUUAUACUUUUAAAACUGAUUGUUACUCUAGUUAAUGUCUAUGUUUAUUUGUCCAACAGCUAUUCUAUUUGUCCAUAAACUUUUUUGAGUGCCUAAUAUGUACAGUUGACUGUAACUUAAACAAAAUAAAUGCAUUGCCUAUAGA